AUGGACGCAGGGUCUGGGUUGCAGCCCCCGCCGGGAGAGCAACUGGAGGUGCGGGUCACGAUAGGAGCUGUCCAAGAGAAGUGCGAACCCGAGACCUUUAGGUCUAAGAGUUUACCAGUCUUGAACUGCGCCUCCUGCCGGCCGAGCCGUAGUCCUGCGAGUGUAGACGCCAAGCCGGUGUCUGUCAAUACGGAUUCACUGGGCCACCAGGAGUUGAAGCAAGGCCCGCACCCGUUGGUCCCCAGCCCCUCCGCCCCGUCUACUUCGGCGGGGGCGGCGGGGCUCGUGGAAUGUAACCACAGGAUAGACGUCGGCAAACCUGUCUCGGGGUCCUCCACUCUGCCUCCGCUCCAGGAGAGAAGGUGUCUCUACGUGGUCCUCACAGAUUCCCGCUGCUUCCUGGUCUGCAUGUGCUUUCUGACCUUCAUCCAGGCGUUAAUGGUCUCUGGGUACCUGAGCAGUGUCAUCACCACCAUUGAAAGGCGCUACAGUCUGAAAAGUUCCGAGUCAGGACUGCUGGUCAGCUGCUUUGACAUCGGGAACCUGGUGGUGGUGGUGUUUGUCAGCUACUUUGGCGGCCGCGGGCGGAGGCCUCUGUGGCUGGCUGUGGGUGGGCUUCUCAUCGCCGUCGGGGCUGCGCUUUUCGCCCUACCUCAUUUCAUCUCGCCUCCCUACCAGAUCCAAGAGCUGAACGCCUCCGCCUCCAAUGACGGCCUGUGUCAGAAUGGCAACUCCACCACGGUUCUGGAGCCUCCGCCCUGUUUGAAGGACUCAGGAGGAAAUAGCCACUGGGUCUAUGUAGCUUUAUUCAUUUGUGCACAGAUUCUCAUUGGAAUGGGCUCCACACCGAUUUAUACCCUGGGACCAACCUACUUAGAUGACAAUGUCAAGAAAGAAAAUGCCUCCUUGUACCUAGCCAUCAUGUAUGUCAUGGGAGCACUUGGCCCUGCAGUGGGAUACUUGUUAGGUGGACUUCUUAUUGGUUUUUAUGUUGAUCCCAGAAACCCCGUUCACCUUGACCAGAAUGAUCCGCGUUUCAUCGGAAACUGGUGGAGCGGAUUCCUCCUUUGUGCCAUUGCAAUGUUUCUUGUGAUAUUCCCAAUGUUUACUUUUCCAAAAAAGCUUCCACCUCGACACAAGAAAAAGAAAAAGAAAAAGUUUUCUAAUGAUGCUGCCAGCGAUGAUGAUGUCAUGAAAGAGAAAUCAAACAACAGUGACCACGUGGACAAGAAAGUUUCUUCUAUGGGAUUUGGGAAGAAUGUCCGAGACCUACCAAGAGCAGCUGUCAGGAUCUUAAGCAACAUGACAUUCCUUUUUGUGAGUUUGUCAUACACAGCUGAGAGUGCCAUUGUAACUGCUUUCAUUACCUUCAUUCCCAAGUUCAUCGAGUCACAGUUUGGUAUCCCAGCUUCCAAUGCCAGCAUCUACACUGGCGUCAUCAUUGUCCCCAGUGCUGGUGUCGGCAUUGUGCUAGGAGGCUACAUUAUAAAAAAGCUGAAACUCGGUGCCCGAGAAUCCGCAAAACUGGCCAUGAUCUGCAGUGGUGUGUCCUUACUGUGCUUCUCAACCCUGUUUAUUGUUGGAUGUGAAAGUAUUAAUCUAGGCGGCAUAAAUAUCCCAUAUACAACAGGACCUUCUCUCACCAUGCCCCAUAGGAAUCUGACAGGAAGCUGCAAUGUGAACUGUGGCUGUAAGAUACAUGAGUAUGAGCCAGUCUGUGGAUCAGAUGGAAUCACAUACUUUAAUCCAUGUCUGGCCGGCUGUGUCAAUAGUGGUAACCUUAGCACUGGAAUACGGAAUUACACAGAAUGCACCUGUGUCCAAAGCCGACAAGUGAUCACUCCACCCACAGUGGGACAGCGUGGUCAGCUCCGUGUGGUCAUUGUCAAAACCUAUCUCAAUGAGAAUGGCUAUGCUGUGUCUGGGAAGUGUAAACGCGCCUGCAAUACCCUUAUCCCCUUCUUAGUUUUUCUUUUCAUAGUCACCUUCAUCACAGCAUGUGCCCAGCCAUCAGCCAUCAUAGUAACACUCAGAUCAGUGGAAGAUGAGGAGAGACCUUUCGCAUUGGGGAUGCAGUUUGUUUUGUUGAGAACACUUGCAUACAUUCCGACCCCAAUUUACUUUGGAGCAGUUAUCGACACCACCUGCAUGCUCUGGCAGCAGGAGUGCGGAGUGCAGGGCUCUUGCUGGGAGUACAACGUGACGUCCUUUCGCUUCGUCUACUUUGGUUUGGCGGCUGGCCUCAAAUUCGUCGGCUUCAUCUUCAUCUUUCUGGCCUGGUACUCCAUCAAAUACAAGGAGGAGGGCCGGCAGAGGCAGAGGUGGAGAGAGCGCCCCCUAAGCACCGUGAGUGAGCUCGUGGGCCAGCCCGACGGUGCUGAGAAGCACGCCCGGACUAGAUCGUGUCCCGCUUUCAGCACCCAGGGAGAACUCCACGAAGAGGCAGCUCUGCAGAAGGGCAUCCACUGCACGGCACAGACCUAUCCGGGGCCCUUCCCAGAAGCAAUCAGUUCCUGUGCAGACUCGGGGCUGGAAGCCAGUCCUGCUGCCCUAUAGCUCCCUCCUGAAGCUUGAAAAUGAAGACUUUGGUUUUGUUGGUUGAGUUCAAUAUGGCGACUUGAGAAACACCUGUGCCUUCUUUUCUUUCUUUCUUUUUUUAACCUCUACAGACACAAUCCUCAAACCAACAAAACUCAGCAUACUCAGCCACUACCGGAGGAGGGCUGGAUACCUCAACAAGACUGCGAGCCUCGCCCCUCUCUUCUCCAAGAGGAGAGUUAGCUAAAUUUGUUAGCAUUUCUGCUCUGUCAACCCAAUGCUCAUGCUCCAGUAUGGUAUGACGUCGAGGUACAUGGUUAACCAAAUCUGGGAAAGGUAAUGGUGGUGCAUCUCCUUAGUAUACACUCCAAACAAUGGUGAGCUUGACCAUGACUCUUACACAUCAAGGUUUUUAGAUAUGAACACCUACUGUGAGUUCUGCUACAAAGCACAAAUGCAUUUGCCUCAACUAUGCAAUUUGAUGGGAAAAAUGAAAGUGCAGCAGGCUACUUUGGCUUCCUGAGAAUAGAGCAGGUAUGUCUUUGAAUGGAAGAAGGGAAGCAUUCCCUAAAGUACUGUUAGUAGCCUUUUAAGCCAUAGCGGAGUUUUCAAUCAGGUAGAACUUUUUAAAUGCUGCAAAGGAACCAUGUGCAUAGCCUCGUAGAAGGAGCAGCUACAUCAUUUCCCAAGACACAUUCUCUUUAAGUCUGUCUGCCCUGUUGUAGGUAGUUAAAGAGGCUGCUGAUCGUGAAUCUGAUAGUUUGAAUAAAAACUCCAGUAUUCUUUCAUAAGGGACUCUAAAACCUGUGUGCUAAACAAGAUGGCCCAA